CUGACGGGCUGUGAACCGUUCCCCGAUCAAAGCGAGAUGGCUAUAUACCGAGCCAUUCUUCACGCCGAUUACAGCCUUGAUGGCGAGAUUUGGGAUAAGAUCAGCCUAAAUGCUCGCGACCUUGUUUCUCGCCUCAUUUUGAUCGACCCGAAAUUGCGCCUUACAGCUGAAGAUGCCCUUAAACAUCCUUGGGUGCAAGGAAAUGCAGCCAGAGACGAAACACUGCCAGACACAGUUAGCCGGCUGAAAGAGUUCAAUUCCAGGCGCAGGCUAAAAAUCUGA